AUGAUGCGGCCGGCCGGCUCGAGGCGGGGUCGGAGGAAGCGGCUCCUCCCGGACGGGGCUGCCUUCCCCUCGCUGGCCCUUCUCUUCCUGCUGCUCUUCUGCUCGCCUCACGGCGCCUGCUGCCUGCCCCGCAGAGGAAGGAGCUCCCCCGGCCCCCCGGUCGUGCUGGGUAAGGACUGGCCGGGGGGCGGAGUCCUUGUCGGGGUCGGAGAGAAAAAAAACGGGCAUCUGUGAGGAAAGGUUGCUAGGGCUACAGAUCCCCCCACAUGGCUGGGACGAGAAGUUUCCGUGGGGUUUGGGGGGGGGAGGCACCCUUCAACUUUAAAAGCCCCCCUGGCUAUUCAUGGGCUCAGGGUGGGGCAGCGAUGUGGAGAGACGUGGGCGAAGGGGGAUGUGGGAAGCCUGGAGGUCACCCUCAAGCCGAGAGAGGAAGCAGUAAGUUCUGCUUUAUUGGGUGGGGGAAGAUAUACAGGCUUAUUCUGUUCAUGCCUUAUGUUUGCACUUGAUUUUUUAAUUUUUUAAAAAAUUAACAUGGGCUAAGGUGGCGCUGUGGGCUAAACCACAGAGCCUAGGAUUUGCCGAUCAGAAGGUCGGCGGUUUGAAUCCCCGCGACAGGGUGAGCUCCUGUUGCUCGGUCCCUGUUCCUGCCAACCUAGCAGUUCGAAAGCAUGCCAGUGCAAGUAGAUAAAUAGGUACAGCUCCAGUGGGAAGGUAAACGGCAUUUCCGUGCGCUGCUCUGGUUCGCCAGAAGCGGCUUGGUCAUGCUUUCCAAAUGACCUGGAAGCUGUACGCCGGCUCCCUCGGCCAAUAAAGCGAGAUGAGCGCCGCAACCCCAGAGUCGGUCACGACUGGACCGAAUGGUCAGGGGUCCCUUUACCUUUACCUAACAGGUUAAUUGUGGCCGAAAGUCUCACGGAUCCCAAGUCCCCGCUGCAUCACAAGCCCAAGCGCACAGUGACCUGCGUUUUGGACUUUUAAGAGUGAAGGGGGAGAGGAGGGCUUGAAACAUCCUGGAAUUGCAUGUCUUUUGGGAUGAACGUUAUUGACACUAGGGAGCCUGGGGAGAAGCUUUGAGAGGAGGCAGUAAUCUCUGUGGCUGUAGGUAGAAGGUCACCAGCAAUUCCAGGUAGGGUGUGGAAAGCCAGCUGCCACCACCAUCACCUUAGGUGUAGGUAGUCUUGAACUAGAUGGACUAAUGGUCUGACUUGGGAUUAAAACCACCAAACAUGAUGGAUUUUAAAGGCUGUGUUAGUCUAGACUGGAAAUGCACACAUUUUAGUUCUUCACUCCAAGUGUUCUCACUUGGAGAAACCAAUUGCUUGAUGCUAUCCUGGGCAGGCAGAUGAGUACACUUGUGCAAUGGCAUUGGAGGGUUAACUGGCCUACAGUCCUCCAGGGGCCUGCCAGACUUAUGCUGCCAUCAUGUCCAGAAUGCCCCCUGCCACCAAGCCAAUCGGGAUCUUAAGCAACUAACUACUUUGAAUGUAGAAAGUCCUAGAUUCAAUCCCUGGCAUCUCCAGAUAGCACUGGAAAUGUUCCCUGACUGACCCUGUAGAGAGCUGCUGCCAUUCAGUGUAGAUAGUACUGAGCUAGAUGGACCAAUGGUCUGACAUUGCAUAAGGCAGCUUCCUACAUUCCACCCUGCAUCCUCACUAUCACUUAGUCUAACAGCUAUGUACCACUGUGAUAAUGUUAACUUUAACCUCCUUCCUGCCAAUGUGGUUUGUAUCCAAGUAAAUGAAAAUCACUGGACUUAAGUUAGUAAUGUACAUUGAUUUCAGUGUCUACUCUGUAUGGCCUAACAGGAUACAACCUAGACUAAAUGGAUAAAUAACAUAGGAGGUGUUGUAGUCCUAUAGAAGUUACUGGUGUUUUUCUUCAUUUGAUUCUUCAGAUAUUUGGCUUAAGCAACAUUUAUUUAUUUAUUUAUUUAUUUUUGGUGACAUUUAUUUUUAACAAACAUUUACAACAGUGAUGCCAACCCUGAUACCAAUAUUAAGGAAAAACUAUGGCUUUUCUUAUGCUGUGGGAUAAAACCAGUAGUGAAUAAUCUAUAACCCUAACAUCCCACUGCCUGGAACCCUUCACAUAUUUACCAGGGAAUAAGUGUCUUUAAUAUCUAUGGGAUUUAUUCCUAAGAACAGUGUUAGAAGAGUUGUGUGCAAGGAAGUUGCCAGUAUUCCCUGAGAAAGCAUGUGGGGUGGCAGUUCAUCUGGUAAAGAUUCUACCAAUAGUAGAAUUUUGUGUUUCUUAGUAUUUUAUGAGCUGUUGAAUUUAUAGAAUUACUCUGUUUUAUACAAUAUACUCUGGGGGCAGGGGUGGGAGCAAAAAGGGAAUCAGAAGCCACUGAGAGAUCAAGUAAUACUAGCCAGCAUAGGUCUCUGUUAAAUAAGCUCAAUUCAGUUAAUAUAAAGUCCAUGGAUUUCACCAAACUGUGUUCUUCACGUACACAAAUGGUUGUAGUUUUAUAACUAGGAAAUACACACAUCUAAAAGCGUAUACUAUGUUUAUUUUGGCAUUGGGAAACCUUGCCUGUUGACUAGAUCUUGACCCGCUUCAAAAUGAAACAUAAUCUUAUUUAUAGUACUUCAGUUAUUUGUGUAGAGCAGAAUGACAGAUUAAAUGUAGUCAGUGUUCUGACUACUGCAGAAUUUAAUCAUGCAGGUAUGUGUUCACAGAAUAGAAACAAUAAAUAGCUCUUUAAACUGUUGCAUUGCGAUCAGCCAAAAGCAGAGGUUAGCUGUUAUGGUGUCAUUGAGACAAAGGCUGAUUAUAUUUUAAUAAUUUUCACUAUUGUUUAAAACGAUAUGUCAUAUUGAGAGACCUGAUUAACAGAAUCAGAUAAUGAAAUGAAUUUACAUGUGUGAAUUUCUGAGGUCGUGGAGUGGCAAACAGUUUGCCUAUGUGUCUCUUUAUGGAGAUGAGCCUUUACCAGCUCUCUCUUCUUACUUGUUUUCCACAAAGGCUAAACAAUGUGCUUUGACAUUUAAUCCAGGGCUGGCAUCAACUGAGAUAAAGCGACCAGUGAAAUAUCUGCAGAUCUAAUAUCAGGCUUCAGCCACAUGAGAAAUAAAUGAGUUAAAAUAAGUCAUGUGCUAGACAGAUGCUCACUAUGGGGCUUUAAUGCAGCUGCUAAUAAAUCCAAUAUGGGCAAGCAGAUGGCAAUUAACAUACCUUGUUUAUAUGAAGAUUCAAAUAAUAUAAACAACACCCUAGUCCUUUGUUUAUGGGAGCAUUAAUUUCCUGUUUCUAUCAGAAUUGGGAACACACCAGUUACUAAUUUUUUUGUCUUCUCAUGACUGUCUGAUCUCAGAUGCAAUACAAUCAACUCACAACUUAUGAACCUGCACAAUCGCAGCUUUAUGUGCCUGGUGGCUGGCCAGCAUGCAGAUCACAGCUCACAGAAUAAUAGAGUUGGAAGGGACCCUGAAGAUCAUCUGUGUCCAAUCCCCUGCAAUUAAACGGACACAAGGUGGAGAGUUUAAACGCUCUUUCUGUGCUGGGUUUUCCCAUGAUGAAGAGAGCUUUUAAGCUCUUUGCCUUGCUUACUGGGCUCUGGGAAGAUCUUGCACAGGCUCUGGGAGCCACCCGGCGCCUGUAUGAGAGCCUUUCAGAGACCAGUAAGCGAGACACAGCUUAAAAGCUCUCUGCGUUGCAUGAGGGACAAGGGCCACUCAGCAUGCCAGCUCCAGAAAAGUAGAGAUGGUCAUGCAGGUGGGGUUAGUAAACCGUUUCCCUAAAUUUAAGCCAUUUAUUAUUUACAAGUUUUGUGCUGCAAAACACCUGUGAAUUGAAAAACAUCAGCAAAAAAAAAUCUCACAAAAUCUAUAGAUUCUUGCAGUUGAGCUGUUUUUUCCUUUUGUCCAUUGUUAACUUGUUGGGGUAAAGAAAUAUUCUAUGUGGUUUUCCAAGUCGAACCUUCCUCCCAAAAAGCAACAAAACCCAGUCCAGGGAAACAGAUAAUAGUCCUACUUCUGACGCAUCACACAUGGCUUCAUUUUGGGACAUUUUACCACACUGACAUAUUUAAAUUGACUUGGGUAGAAAAAAUGUCUUAUGUUAUCCUAAGUCAGUUUGGGAAUUGCUGUGGGGGUGGGAUGACAACAACAACAAAAAACCUACCACCACCUACCCCAGAAAGCUGUCUGUGUCUUUUUUUAAAUUGUCUUGGUUAGUUCCUAUAUGCAUAGGUCAAAUAGGGUUGUGCAAGCAUCAACUAGGGAUGAGUAGUUAAUGGGCUACUUAAAAAGUAAAUGAAACCAACAGCAAUCCUCUUAAUAUUUUGCUUCUUUCCUCACCCUAGGGGUUUCCAGAUGCUUAACUGGUGAAUUUCAAAAGAUGAAAGUAAAUGUAAAUUGGCCUUUGGACUGUGGUCAAAGAUCUGCCUGCUCAUACUGCAAGAGACUGCAUAACUACUUGUGUUCGUUUUUUGGGUUCCUGUCUUUGCAUAGGUUUUAUCUCUAUCAUCUAUAACCUACACAUGCAAGUGCAAUUUGUUCCUGUAGCAGGUUGCUUAUAUAAACAACCAUGCCCAUCUUGUAUUAAGGAGUAGAGCCACAUUCUUUUUUACUUGGUGAUUGCUUCUUGGCCAUCACCGUUCUCUUGAAUAAUUGUAAUCUCUUUACUUGACUUAGUAGGAUAAGAAGCUUUCUGUGAUCCACUUGGUCUGCUCUUCCUUCUUUGAAACUAAAUCAUUGCCUCUCAAACUGGCAGUUAGCCAUGGAGAUAGUUGCAGGUGGAGGUACAGGACAUGCAUUGUGGCAUCUUGUUAGGAAGAUUAAUUUCAGUGAUAGUUAUUAUUGACUGAUUGCCCCAUGAUUUAAUGUAUAGCCACAGCACAUUUGUGGUGGCUAAAGUGUUGCUAACUUUUAGUAUGAGAUGCUGAGCAUCAUUUUGUAGUGGACAAUCUUGUUACCACCACCAGUUCCAUUUCAUACAUGUCCUUGGAAUAGAUCCACUUUUGCAUUUUAAAAACAAUAUAAUUUACUCACACUUCAUGUAGUUUGCACAGGAGAAUAGUAAGUUAGGCUGUGCUCCAGAGAUACUGCCUACCGGAACUGUAGCUUCCUUCUCCAUAUGCUUCCUUACUGUUGUGCUUUUCUUUGACUUUUAAGCACUUUUCUUGAUGUUGUGCAAUAUUCACAUUAUUUUGCUAUGUGUACUCAGAUGAAGUGUAUUUAUUUUUUUCAGGGAAUAUUUCCUAAUUUUGAAAGGUGAAAGAUUUGUUUUCUGUGGAGUGGGGCCUGCUAUGUGUGUGCACCUUAAUAUUAUUAUAAUAUAGUUACAGUUGCAAGCGGAGAGGACUUAUUCUCAGGCAAUGUGCUAGUUGUUGUAUCAAACUGUAUCGGGAACUUGACCUCAAAAAUAUCUGCUUUUAAUUUUCUUUGCAGGGCAGCAUGCUUGGACAUAGUGUUUUUUAGUCAUAAAGGAUAAUGCCUGAUAGGCAAGUAUUUCAGACUUUUGAAUACAGUGCCAAGCUUUGUAGCAGCUGGAAAUAAAAGCUUGCUGCCGCACAUUAGUGCAUAAUCUAUGUAGAUCCAGAUCCAGUUUGAUACCAUUCAUUUGAAACAAUACCAUUUUCAGUCUAUAACUCCUGCUACAAAUUAUACUAACUGACGCAAGCUUUGCUCUUGGGUAAGCAAGUAGGUUGGACUCGUAUCAAGGGUAGUGUAUUUAUAAACAUUCAUAAGGAUCUCUUUGCUCAUUCUGCUAUAUACUACUUAUUUAAAAGAACUUCAGUGCUUUUAAGCAAACCGUUCAGCUUUGUUUUGUUUUUUUCUUUUUCAUUUACAUUAAUUUCUGAGCAGCGUUUAAGAAGUACAUUUUAGGAUCAGAAUUGGUUUGCUGGAUCACUUACAAAGGAUUUGAAUUGACUUUUUGCUAAAAUUCUUAAGAACCUAAGGGCCAAACUACACGCGACAGCAAUGCAACACAAUCCACAGUUGACUGCGUACAAUUCCCAGGAAGCCAGCCAAUGGUCAAGUUUUAAUAUGAUGUGGGCCAGAUGUGGAUGGGGGUGGGGUACUUAACCUUUCCCUCCCUAGUUUCAUUUCAGCUGUUUUUAACUUUGAGGUUUAGAUUGCUACUGCAAGAUGAAACACUGAGAACAAGUGGUUAGAAUGCGGGGUUGAGAGCACAGGAAGGGCUCAGCACUCACUUGACAUUUCUGUGCUUUAAAUCAUGCAAAUACUCCUUUAUAACAAUUGAUCAGCGAUCUGCUUUAGACGCUGGUCUGUCACGGUCCGAUGUAGUUUGGCCCUAAACAAAGCUAUUUGGGUAUUCAUUUUCUUAAGCUCCUACUCCGUUGUUUGACUCAGGUUGGCAGCUGGGUGUGUGUGGCAGGGUUUGUUUACUCAUGCACUCUUCAGAGGAAUCUGCACAUCAUGUGACUGCCCUUCUAGUCCUAAUUAUAACAUAGAAGCUUCUUGCAAAAUAAACAACCCUUAAUUGUAAGUGGUUUUAUAAACUCUUCAUCUUGUUCAACAGUUACGGGAGACUUUUCCACGACUCCGUGGAAACAGAAGCUGCAAAAAUAAAGAGUCCUGUUUCUUGGAAUUAGAGGUGAAAACUUGAGAACUGCCCACCAUGAAGAAAACAUGCUCAAAUCCAUGUUAUAACAGGCAGAGGGAUGGUGAAUCAAGUUCUAAAUCCCCAGCCAGUUUCCAAGUGCAAAUAUUUAAGACACUUAAUUGUACCAGAUUUUUAAAUGCCUAAUGAAUGGUAGCUCCAUCCAUCCCCCACACCUAUUUAUGUCAAUUCUUCCUUCAGCUCCUUGAAACUAGUUUUGGUUUAUAUAGUUUCUAUUUAGGUGGGAAAACCUUCAAGAUUGCAACAUUGGAAAGAAAAUGUUUUUGCUAGGGUGGUAAUUCUGUAUCUAACUUUUUGUUGUCUGCUCUAAGAAUAGUACUAUUAGUAAAUACAUGAGAUGCAUUUGAUUGUGUCUUCCAGCCCUGGAUAGACAUCUGAGUCAAAGCAGCAAACAGAGAUAGGGAAAGCAGUCAAACUGCCUGGCGCGUGAUCUUGUCUAGAUAAUACAGGAUGAGACCUUGAAAAUGUUUUUAGGAGAAGGUUGCCUUGCAGGCUGGCUAGUCAGCAUCCAUUGAUGCAUAUGUCGGGUGGUGGGCGGUGAAGAGAUACUUAAGGCAUAUUUGCCCUGGUGACUUUCCAGAAGCUUCAGGGACUGCAGACUGCAGCAGCCUAACUUCUGACAUGGCUUGAGUUGCUGGGAGCUCUUGCACCUGCCAGACAUGCACUAGGAGUGAUUUGUGGAACAUGUAACAAAGAAUUUUUUUAAAAAAUGUGUUUUUCUUGUAAAAUAGCUAGUGAAAAGUAAAUGAAGAGAAAAAAGUGUUAACUCAUUUAAUGGAGUUAUCAUAGUCUUGAUGGAAAUGCAAACUAAUAUUGAAGAAGUGCCUAUUUAGCAGCCAUUUUACAGGAAAUAAGCAUAUUUCCUUACAUUAAGUCCAAUGUGAUUAAAGUUCCUGUAUUCAUUUUCAAUAUUAAGUGAAUAAUCAGUUUUGAGGGAAGUGUCUAUAAUGGUCUAUAUACAAAGCAAUGCCAAAUACACUUGUCCAUGCAAUUUUCAUUCAACCUAAUUUCAGAAGCAAUUGAGAUGAUAAAAUAUAUCACAUUGUGCUGAGAAAAGAAACUGAGUUUCAUGACUGUUGAAUUCCAUUCUCCAUAAAUUCUAUCCAAUCUACAUGAAUGAUGCUUGCUUUGGGGAAUGUAAAUGUUUGCUGAUGAAAGGGAUGGGGCAUGAGGAGGAGGGACUGUCUUGCAUAUGCAGAAGUGCCUUUAACAUUUUUUAUAUGUUAUACAUUUUGUUUUUAUGUUGUGUAGUUUUGUGUUUUUAUACUGUAAACCACUCUGUGAUCUUGGGUGAAGGGUGAUAUAUACAUUUAAUUAAUAUAAUGAAUAAAUAAUUAAUUGUGAAUCUUUAUUGCAUUCUUCCUUUCCUUCAGGUCAGAAAUGGUAUAAAAGUAGCAUAAAGCACAGUUGAUGUGUAUAAUAGUGGAAAAUAUAAAGCAAACAAAAAUUGUGAUAAAUAAGCUGACAAAUCGGUUUUGUGUAAUGUAGGUGGGAGGUUCCAUAAAAGGACUCUCAGUUGCAAAAUCUUCUAAUAAUAAUUUUGAAGGCACUUUUUUCCUUGCAUAGUUAAAAAUGCAUAGUGUGCUAAAAUAGUUUGAAACAGUCAAUUUAACUCCCAUUUGUUGAGAUAACAAGUUUCUCCCCCACCGAACAUAAUCUGAACUCAGAAGUAUUUACAUUUCUUAGAAUAUCAAGCAUCACAAGAGUGUGAUAAUUCUUACAGGUCAGCCGACAGGCUUGGAGACUAAUUUCCAGGCUACUUUACAAUAGUGCUGAGGCCAUUUCUCCACAGAGCUCCAAUUGCUUUACAGAGUGUAGCAUUUUUUAAGUAAUAAAACCUCAAUGCAUUUUAAAACCAAGUGUAGCUUUGGGGUGGGAGUAAAAAUGCCUGAGCAAAACCACAGCACUUGAUGUAACUCUUCCCUUCCUUUUACCAUUACAGUGCCAGGAGAUUUGGGUAACCAGUUAGAAGCAAAGUUGGACAAACCUUCUGUGGUGCACUACCUCUGCUCCAAGAAGACAGAAAGUUACUACACAUUGUGGCUCAACUUAGAACUGCUGCUUCCCGUUAUCAUUGACUGUUGGAUAGAUAAUAUCAGGUGGGUCAUAGCACUGUUAAAAGGACUCGGUUCUGUGUAAAAAUGGGACUUAAAUAAUUUGAUUCUUUUUUGAGUAGCAAGAAGUACCCAAAUUGUAUGAGAUCUAGGGACAUUCAAGCUGAGAUCCCAAACCACUCAGAAGGCAAUGUGGGAAAGUCCUUGGGAUCAGAAUUCAAAUCCUGCCUCGGCUAUUAUGUGUAGCAGCCAGAAAACUAUGAAGUCUGUAUGCAGUUUGUCACUUUUGAGGAACACAUGUCCACAGCAGGAAACUACAGUAAUUGGCAGCAGGUUUAGGCUACAAUGAAACAGUGCAAAAUAUAUGUACGUGCCAUGGAUUCACAAUUUCCCAUUGCAGUAUAGGAAAUGUGAUUGUGUGUGAAACAGAGAAUCAUUUAGUUCUACCCUUGUCCCUCUGGAACAAUUUUCAUGGUGAUUCCUUGCCAGUUACCCACAUGGUUUGUGUUCUAAAUUUUGUUAGCGAAGACUGUGGCUUGAUAUGCUGUAGGAAUUGAGCCAGUGUUCAAAAAGGUGGUAGUUUGAAAUUGGCAGGAAUCCAGUCAUGAAAUACUACCUGCAUACAUAAAAGUUCAAAUAGCUGUUGAAUCAUAGAAUUGUAGAGUUGGAAGGGACCCCAAGCAUCAUCUAGUCCAACCCCCUGCUGUGCAGUUAAAGCUCAGUUAAAGCAUCCAUGACAGAUGAUCAUCCCACCUCUGAUUAAAAAGCUCCAAAGAAGGAGAGUCUGCCCCUUCAGAGGGAGUCUAUUCCACUGUCAAACAGCUCUUACUGUCAGAAAGUUCUUCCUCAUGUUUAGUCAGAAUCUCCUUUCUUGUAACUUGAAGCCUUUGCUUCGGGUACUAUCCUCUUAAGCAUGAGAAAACAAGUUUGCUCUGUCUUCCAAGUGACCACAUGAAUAAACUGUUAUCCUUGAAUUUGCUUGUUACUCAACUUGCAUUAUGCCUUUUUAACACUUCAUUGCUGUCUUGUAUUGCGUAUCAGAAUGUUAACUAUGAGUUAAUGAUAAAUUAAAUGCUUCCUUGGACCCAGAGGUCUCUCAAAGAGCAAACACUACAAAUGCUAUAUUACAUCCAUUUUCUUAUUGACACAAGUCUGUAGACCUCAUGUUACCGAGGCAUUGGUUAACAUUUCUCCACUUACCUGCCAGAACAGUCAAAGCAGAAUGAUUAAUUACCUUAUUUGCUUAUGACAAAAACAUAUGUCCAGCACUCAAGUUGAGGACUUUAGCCAAAAUCAUCAGGUGCAUUUUAAGGCAAACUGCUGGAACUCGUCUACAUUACAGGGAGUGGAGGAAGGGAGAGCUCUAGGAAGGGGGAUACUGUAUGGCAGCAAGAACAAGGCCAACCAAUUGUUUGCAACUGGGCUGCUUCAGUACCUAGCAGCUAAGUGGAUAUUGUUCUUAUGCUAUAUUAAGUCUGUCUGAGAAGCUUUGUUGAAAUAACCUACUUAAAGCUGUCUUACCAGUAUCUUAACCCUUUUUGCUAAAACUCUACUUAUGGCUAUAUUAGUAAAGAAAGCUUAUCUCUUCCCUCUAGACCUGCAGUAUGCUGCGGAUUGGACUUAACACCUUACUGGCUUAAUUAGUGUAUGUUUGUGUGCAUCAGAAAACAAGUUUUCAAAGUCCAUUUGUUGUGCAUCUUUUGUGUACCUGAUAAUUCAAAUAUAUAGACUCCCAUUCAAAUUUUGGUCUUGAUAUUGAUAUUUCCCCCCAGGCUAGUAUACAAUCGAACAAGUGGAUCCACUGGGCCACCAGAUGGGGUGGAUAUCAAAGUCCCUGGAUUUGGACAGACUUUCUCCUUGGAAUUCCUUGACCCUAGUAAAAGAAGUGUUGGUAUGUAUUUUUCACCUAAUCUAAUCUCAUUUGGACUCUUGUCAGUGGUAGUGUCAAGUCUCAAAUAUGCAUGCAUGAAACAUACUGGCAAAAUAGUCCCUUCCCCUAAAUGUCCUUGGACAAAAACCACAAUAAUUCCAGAGAUGGAGAAUAGUUCCUGAGAUUUAUUCUCUGUCUGCCUUUGUUUGAAUUUUAUGGAAAGAGCUCACACUUGUCUGAUUGGAAGGCUGGGAAAAAAACUAAUCUGUAUUAUACAUAGGCCCAAGCAUGUAAUUUAGGAAGGGACAUAGGAAGCUGCCUUGUACUGAGUCAGGAUUUUUCUAGGGUUUCAGAAAAGUGUCUCUCCUAGCCCUACCUGAAUAUGAUGAGCUAUGGCUGUUCCCCAACUUGCCUAUGUACAUAUUGCCAUCUGUAGUGCAGUCUAUUUGAUUUAGAAUGCUUCUUCCUUGUAGUAAAUGUAACAUUGAAGUCUGAUAUCAGAAACAGAAAUAACAAUGCCCCCAUGGUGCCAGGGUUAUUUAGAUGGCAUUUCUUGCCCUCACCCUUGGUGUUAACUUUCAGCCUUCACUUCCUUGGCAACAGAGUGGAAAUGUGCUCAGCCCAUGAUAGAGGCAACCAUGUUAAACUAUGUUAGUUAUGGAAACACAGUUCAGUACUCUACCAGCUGCUAAGGUCAGUACCAUCUCACCUGGUAUUAGAAGGUCAGAGAAAAUUUAAGUGGAACAAAACCAGACUGCAUCAAAGGUGAACUGACAACCAUCUUUGAGUGCUCAUUUCCAACAGCUGCGAUCAUAUAGGUUCUUUAGGUUCUUCCUGUGGUCAUGUACCCUCAUAGAUGAAAACAUAGAGCAAAUUGACCACUCCGGAGUGAACAGUUGUUGGAACAUCUUGUCCCAGAUGGCUUGAAAAUGAAUGUCAUCUCCAGAUUGUGAUUUCAGAAUUGUUGAUGAACAUAACUGACACUGUAAUUGUUUAUAACUGAAGAAGGAUUAAUUUGAACAAAUUAACUGAUAACAUGUUGUAACCAAUAUGGGAGUUGGCUUAAAAAGGCCCUGAAAUUUCAACGUUACAUAAAGAGCAAUGUUAAUUGGGCCUGCAAUUCAGUUUCUUCUUUUGGCCAUAGGUACCUACUUCUAUACACUGGUGCAGACUCUGGUGGACUUGGGCUACCAACGGGAUGAAGAUAUUAGAGGCGCUCCCUAUGAUUGGCGGAAGGCACCAAGUAAAUAAAUCUUCAUUUAUUGGGAUUAGGGUUACAGAGCAGAAUGAACUGUGGCCCAUGCAAACACAGAAUUUGUGGUAAUCAAGUUUUUCCAAGGCUUACAAGUUCAACCUAUUUAGCCCCUGAUGCAACUGAAUGUCACCUGAUAGUUAAAUAGUUACAGGCUUGUUUAAAAACAAGUCUUGGUGACCUUUCUACUUCAUACAGCCAAGAUGGUGCAACAAGCCAAAUUGUUACUGAAGAGCUGUGCUGGAAUCCUGGAAGGUAGAUGUUGAUACAGGGUGUUGUUAAAGUCACCCACUAUCCAUGCAAAUCAGUGCUUUUUAAUGGGGCCAUUUCACAUUUUCAUUUCCCAGUCAUUGAGAUGCAGAAGUCAAGUGGUGUGCAUGCAUGUGUGAACAAAAUCAUUCUCUUUGCAGCCUGUGUCAGAUUAUACAAUCAAGACACACUUUCUUUUAACUUAGACUCAUAGAAUUAAAACCAAACACACCUGAGAGACUUUUGUCUUGAAUGUUGGGGAGCUAGUCUGAAAGGUUUAGGGAAUUGUGGGCAAUGGGGGGGGGAAACCUAUCCAAAACAGUGCACAUGAUCUUCUACAGCUUUCAGUUCAGUGUUAAAUGUUUUAAAUAAAAUGACAAUAGAGAGAUUGAAUAAGCUCAUUCAGUUAAUGGGAUAAAUUAUCUGCCUUCCUCCUUCUAGAUGAGAAUGCAGACUAUUUUGUGGCCCUCCGGAAGCUGAUAGAGAUAAUGUAUGAAGAAUAUGAUCAACCAGUGGUUUUAAUUGCCCAUAGCAUGGGGAAUAUGUAUGUUCUCUACUUCCUCAGCCAUCAGCCUCAAGACUGGAAAGACAAAUACAUAAGGGACUUCAUUUCACUUGGUGCCCCAUGGGGAGGAGUGGCAAAAACUCUACGUGUUCUAGCGUCAGGUAAAUGUCUCCACCUUGCAGGGGGGCGGGGCGGUGGGUUCCAUUAAAAGGGACAGGAGUUUGUGGUGCAACUUGAACAUGCUUAGCUACAUCUAGGUGUACUACUGUAAUAAAUAGCUACAGUCUUCAUCCUAAAACCAGCUUUUGGUUGAAGAGAGCCAGCCCGAAACAGGCAUUGGAGGACAAACAAUCUUUGAAUUUCCAGGAUGAUUGGAUUCUAUAAUUGUGGGAAGCUACUGAUGGUCUUAAGUACUGAUGUUGUUCAAAGCCAAUUCCUGCCUAAUUUUAAAGAUAGGGAGGCAGAGUCCUUAGAUAGCAGAUAAUAUAUUUAUCUGUUAUGAAACCAUCAAGCAAUCUCUCAAGGUAAGUCUUUAGAUUACAUGAAGUUAUUUAUAUUGAUGAGUUUUACACAGCAGUAGUUUUCCUUGGAUUAUGCCGUCUUUGGCAUCAAAUAUUUUUACUGUUGCCCUUCAUGUCAGGGCUUGAAGAGUACAACCUAAUAAGUGUAAAAUGACAACAUUCAAACUAUACUUUAGUUUUGGUCUGUGUCAGUCAUGAGUUUAUAACUACUGGAUUAUGGGUUUACAUGACAACAUGUGAUCACUAACCAGAUAAUACUUUUAAUGCCUCAGGUGACAAUAAUCGGAUCCCUGUCAUCAGCUCCCUUAAGAUCAGAGGCCAGCAGAGAUCUGCAGUGUCAACCAGCUGGUUGCUCCCUUACAACUACACCUGGUCUCCAGAGAAGAUCCUUGUCAGCACUCCAUUUGCUAACUAUACUAUUCAGGAUUACCAAAAGUUUUAUACAGAUAUUGGCUUUGAGGAUGGCUGGCUCAUGAGAACAGAGACCGAAUCCUUGGUCUACAAUAUGAUUCCUCCAGGGGUGCGCAUACACUGUCUUUAUGGUACUGGGGUGGAGACCCCAGAGUCAUUCUUCUAUGACACCUUUCCCGACAAGGAUCCUAAGAUCUUUUAUGGUGAUGGUGAUGGAACAGUGAAUUUGCGAAGUGCCUUGCAGUGUCAGAAGUGGGUGGGCCAGCAGAAACAGAAUGUGACACUCUAUGAGCUUCCAGGGAGUGAGCACAUUGAAAUGCUCUAUGAUGCCAAUACAAUUUCCUACGUAAAAAAAGUUCUCUUUGGCUCAUGA